AUGCAAAGUGUCCGGAAUAACUUCAGAAAACAAGCUUUUUCGGAACAAACUACAAGUAUUCUUAUGUCCUCCUGGAAACAAGGAACUAAAAAACAAUACAACAUAUUCAUCAACAGAUGGUUUUCAUACUGUACUGAAAGGAAAACCUCUUCAUUUUCUCCAACUUUGGAAGAAGUGAUGGAAUAUUUUACACAUCAAUUUCAAAAUGAAUUAGCUUAUGACAGCUUGAAUACUGCUAGAAGUGCACUCUCUUCACUUGGUUUACAUAUUGAUGGAUUCAAAGUUGGGAGCCAUACUUUAGUUAUAAGAUAUCUGAAAGGAAUAUUUGUGUUAAAACCACCAAAACCUCGUUACACUGUAAUUUGGGAAGUAAAUCAUGUAUUGUGUUAUUUGCGAACAUUAUCACCAGUACGUCACCUUUCUCUUAAGGAUUUGACUUCAAAAUUGACUAUGCUUAUGGCCUUAACUCAAGCAGCAUGAGUCCAGACACAAUAAUUUAUUAGUUUCAGUAGUUACAAAAAGUUAAAAUCAGAAUUUGUUUUAGAGUUAUCAUAUUCUUUAAAGCAAAAUAGACCUAAUUGCCAAGUAGCAAGUCUAUGCUUUAAGGCCUUUAGAUAGGAAGCUUUGUAUAUAUACAGUGUUAAAAGAAUAUUUGUCACGCACAAAGCAUGUGCGUAAUUCUAUUGUGUCAGAUAAUAAUAUGUUGUUAAUCAGCUAUGUCAAACCAUAUAAACAUGUUACCCGGGAUACUAAAUCACGAUAGAUAAAAACAGUAAUGUCGCGAUCAGGUAUAGACAUACAGAAAUACAGAUCACACAGUAUCCGCUCAGCUGCGACAUCAAAAGCUAAGGGAAAUUCAGUGCCCAUGAAAGACAUUCUACAGAGAGCUGGAUGGUCAAAUGUUAACCCUUCGCAUGCUAUUCGCGUAUAUAGACGCGGUUGCUAGGCACCAUUGUUAUUCGCGUAUAUUGACAUUUUUCCGACAGACCAAUGAAUAGCUACGACAAUAGUGGGAUUCCAUGACGUAUGCAUAAAGGUUCAAUUUCAUUGAAUGACAGGUAUAGAACAGUAUAUAAAAAUAGGCAUACGUCAUAAUUAUUAUUAAAUUUAGGUCGGGAUUUCCUAAUUUUUCCAACGAGAAAUCGCAAGUGUCCCGAGACAAAUCCAAAAUGGCUUCCGACUGGGAAUAUGAUUAUGACAGCGACACGAAUGAGGACCAAAUUCUCAAUGCAUUUAAUACAUAUGAACCUAAUUUGUCUUCCGAUAGUGACGAGAGUGAAUUUGAGGGCUGGGACAUCAAUGAUAUUCCUCCUGAUGCUCCAAAUCGACCUACUUUUGCCAUGAGACAAAGUCGAACAAAUUGUGAAAAACAGGAAGAUGUCGUUUUCGGAUGGGCGAAUGAAGAUUCGCCACCUCUCCUCGCUCCGUUUACCGGGAGCCCAGGGUUGAUGGGUGACAUACCAGAUGACCAAAGUGAAAUUGAUUGUUUCGGCUUGCUUUUUGAUGAAACCUUUUGGGAGGUGAUAGCAGAGGAGACCAACCCAGAGGAGACCAACCAAUAUGCCGAACAAAGGAUUCAGAGAGAAAACCCACUACCGCCAUACUCACGGUUACAAAAGUGGACUCCUGUGACGGUGGAUGAAUUGAAAUUUUUUAUUGCAUUGACGAUAGCAAUGGGGUUGGUUCGAAAACCCGACAUUUCUGAUUAUUUCACAAAUGGAGACCUAUGAUGAAACCCCUUUCUUCAGUAAAACCAU